AUGUCCCUCCCAAAGAUCCAAAAAUCAAUCAUCCAACCAGAUAAGAACUCUGCAGCCGUGAUCCUAACGACAGACCCUGUCCCCUCUCCAUCUCCCAACACCACCGAACACCUCAUCCGUGUCCACGCAACAGCCAUAACCAACGGCGAACUCCUCUGGAACAAGAACUUCCCUCUCCCUGCUUCACUCGCUUCUCAAAAACGUCUGAUACCUUGCAACGACGUUGCGGGGACCGUCGUUCUUACUCCAUCCAACUCCCCCUUUCCAGCGGGAACAGAAGUAUAUGCGCGGUGCUCUUAUUUACGGACGGGAUGCGCGAGGGAAUACUCGAUUUUGUUGACGGAGGAAAUGGCGAGGAGACCGAAGAGGAUGAGUUGGGCGGAGAGUGCUACGGUUCCGAUGAGUGUUGAGACUGCGUUUCAGGCGCUGUUUGUUCAUGCCGGUUUCCAAUUUAGGGAGGGUGAGGGAAUGAAGGGGAAGCGAGUUUUUGUUACGGCUGCUGCGGGUGGGGUUGGGACUUGGGUUGUGCGGUUAGCUAGGUGGGCUGGUGCUGAGGUUGUGGGCACUUGUGGGAGUAGGAACUUGGAGAGUGUGAGGGGUUUGGGUGUUAUCGAGGUUCUCGAUUAUUCGAAAACAGAUAUCCAAACUUGGGCUCAGGGAGAGGGGAAGAAGGUUGAUUUGGUGAUUGACUGUAUUGGAGGGAAGGCUCUGGAGGAUUCUUGGUGGGCAGUUAAGGAUGAGGGGAGGAUUAUAAGUAUUUUUCAGUCCCCGGAAGACGUUAAGCCUAAGGGGUUGUUGAUGGAGAUCAAGAAUGAGUUUUUCGUAAUUUCUUCGAAUGGGGAGCAGCUGAAGGCUGUCACGGAGCUGAUUGAUGCUGGAUUCGGUCGCACUGGCAUGGAUAGUGUGUUCGCUUUUGAUCAGUUUCAGGAUGCAUUUGCGAGACUUGCAAGCGGUAAGGCCAGUGGAAAAGUUUUGGACUUGGGAAUAAGUUGA